AUGAUUGAAAUAAGAAGACCAUUAUCAGAAAAGAAUUUAGCUAAUAGAUCAAGUAAAGAAUUACAAAGACCAAAUUCAUCUAAUUCAUAAUAAAAAUAGAAUUUAUAGACUAUGAAAAGUUCAAUAUAAUUACAAAAACAAAAUCAAAACUUUUAUUCCAAAUAUUUUAGUACUAAAGAUUAAAAAGAAAAUAUUGAAAUUCGUUCAAAUUUAGAUAGAAAUCCAUCAACUAAAUCAAAAUAAACACCUUAAGAUUAUAAAAAAUUGUAAGAUAAACUUCUCUAUUUGGAAAAUAAAAUCUCAUCAAUCAAAUCUCAUAUAGAUAAUAGUUAAAGAUAAUCUAAAAAUAGUAUAGCAUCAAAGUUUUUUUCAUAAAACACCUAAAAUAAUUAAAAUUCAACAUCAGUUUAGAAAUCUGUGUAAAUUGAUAUUACAAAUAGGGGUUAGAAAGAAUAGAAAGAAUAAAGAGAAUUUACUCCUUAAUAAUAGAAUAAAUUAAAAUCCAGUACUUUAGUUAAUAAUAAUAAUAAUAAUGAGUAUAAAACUUCUAUUGAAGGUACAAUAAUUAAGAAACCAAGUUUAUCAACUUUUGUUACUUAAGUAAAAGCUCCCUUAUCUGAAAAUAAAACUAAUUUUAAAAACUUAAAACCUGAUUCAGCAAAGGCUGGUAAUUCAAUUAAAACAAAUUUUAAAAGAAAAAAUUCUCAAGAAAAAACAGUGGAAUCUUCAUUUUUAUAUUACAUCUCUUCAAUUAUUAAAGGAUAUAUGCAACCUGAAAUAACAAGACCAAUUGAAUUAAUUAGAGAACAUUUGCUUUAAACUAUGUAAGCAUCCUUGUUCUAAAAGUCUGUUAAAAUUGUAACAAAUGUUGAAGAUAAAAAAAUUAAUUUACCUAGUACAAAUAAAAAAACAAUAGUAUUUGAUUUAGAUGAAACUCUAAUUCAUUGUAAUGAAUCAAUACAAGUUCCAGGAGAUGUAAUUUUACCAAUUAAAUUUCCAUCUGGAGAAAUUAUAGAGGUAUUUUAAAAAAUAAUUUUAGGCUUCAAUAAAUAUCAGACCAUAUGCUUAAUAAGUUUUAUAAACUCUUAAUAAGCAUUUUGAAAUCAUAGUAUUUACUGCAUCACAUUCUUGUUAUGCAAAUGUAGUUAUUGAUUAUUUAGACCCUAAUAAAAAUGUGAUAGCUCAUCGAUU